ACGAUGUCACAGCUGUACUUCGGUCGAACGGACAACUCUUCGUACAGGGAUCGCAUCCCUUUGCGAAUAGUGCGGGCCGAGUCUGAGCUGUCACCUCAGGAAAAGGCCUACCUGACGGCAAUAGAGAAAGGAGAUUAUGCCAGUGUGAAGCAAGCCCUGGACGAGGCUGAAAUCUACUUUAAAAUAAACAUCAACUGCAUCGAUCCGCUCGGACGCACGGCAUUGCUCAUCGCCAUCGAGAACGAAAACUUGGAGAUCAUAGAACUCCUUCUCACGUAUAAUGUUUAUGUCGGAGAUGCCUUGCUCCACGCCAUUCGCAAGGAGGUGGUCGGUGCCGUGGAGCUCCUGCUCAAUCACAAGAAGCCUAGCGGGGGUAUGCAGGUUCCGCCCAUCUUACUUGACAAGCAGUUCUCGGACUUCACUCCAGACAUAACCCCCAUCAUCCUAGCGGCGCACACCAACAACUAUGAGAUCAUCAAGCUGCUGGUCCAGAAGGGCGUGUCGGUGCCUCAGCCGCACGAGGUGCGCUGCAACUGCGUGGAGUGCGUGUCCGGCUCGGACGUGGACAGCCUGCGGCACUCGCGCUCGCGCCUCAACAUCUACCGGGCCCUGUCCAGCCCCUCGCUCAUCGCCCUGUCCAGCGAGGACCCCUUCCUCACGGCCUUCCGCCUCAGCUGGGAGCUGCAGGAGCUCAGCAAGGUGGAGAACGAGUUCAAGUACGAGUACGAGGAGCUGUCGCACCAGUGCAAGCAGUUCGCCAAGGACCUGUUGGACCAAACGCGCAGCUCCAGGGAGCUGGAGAUGAUCCUCAACUUCAGGGACGACAUGGAGCCGCUGGAGGAGGAGGCGAGCAACGACCUGGCACGCCUGAAACUCGCCAUCAAGUACCACCAGAAGGAGUUUGUGGCCCAGCCCAACUGUCAGCAGCUGCUGGCGUCGCGCUGGUACGACCAGGUGCCCGGCUGGAGGAAGCUGCACUGGAUGGGCAAGUCGGUCACCUGCAUCAUCGUGGGCCUGCUCUUCCCGCUCUUCUCCCUCUGCUACCUGAUGGCGCCCAAGAGCCCGCUGGGGCUCUUCAUCCGCAAGCCCUUCAUCAAGUUCAUCUGCCACACGGCCUCCUACCUCACCUUCCUCUUCCUCCUCCUGCUGGCCUCGCAGCACAUCGCCUCGCUGGACGACGACACGCUGGCCGACAGGCAGGGCCCGGCGCCCAACCCCGUGGAGUGGAUGAUCCUGCCCUGGGUUUUAGGUUUCAUCUGGGCUGAGAUUAAGCAGAUGUGGGAUGGGGGCUUUCAGGAUUACAUCCACGACUGGUGGAAUCUGAUGGACUUUGUCAUGAACUCCCUUUAUCUGGCCACCAUCUCUUUGAAGAUCGUUGCGUACCACAGGUACGCUGGCACGAAGGUGCCCAGGUGCCAGUGGGAGAUGUGGCACCCCACGCUGGUGGCCGAGGCGCUCUUCUCCAUCGCCAACAUCUUCAGCUCGCUGCGGCUCAUCUCGCUCUUCACGGCCAACUCGCACCUGGGCCCGCUGCAGAUCUCGCUGGGCCGCAUGCUGCUGGACAUCCUCAAGUUCCUCUUCAUCUACUGCCUGGUGCUGCUGGCCUUCGCCAACGGCCUCAACCAGCUCUACUUCUACUACGAGACGGACGCCGAGAACGAGAAGGACAAGUGCAAGGGCAUCCGCUGCAAGGAGCAGAAUAACGCGUUCUCCACGUUGUUUGAGACUCUGCAGUCUCUGUUCUGGUCUGUGUUUGGCCUCAUCAGCUUGUAUGUCACCAAUGUCAAGCCAGACCAUGAGUUCACCGAGUUUGUUGGCGCGACCAUGUUUGGAACUUACAACAUCAUCUCCCUGGUGGUUCUUCUGAACAUGCUCAUUGCCAUGAUGAACAAUUCCUACCAGCACAUCGCUGAUCAUGCUGACAUCGAGUGGAAGUUUGCCAGGACUAAGCUAUGGAUGAGUUACUUUGAAGAAGGGGGGACCCUUCCUCCUCCGUUCAAUAUCAUCCCCAGCGCAAAGUCCCUCUGGUACCUCUUUAAGUGGAUCAAGAGGCACCUCUGCAGUAAGAAACAUGUCGAAAGGACAGAGACUUUUCAGUCAAUUGGGAGACGCGCCGCUGAGAACCUGCGAAUCAAUCACCAGUACCAGGAAGUUCUCAGGAAUUUGGUGAAGAGAUAUGUGGCUGCCAUGAUCAGGGAUGCAAAGACCGAGGAAGGACUAACAGAAGAGAAUUUUAAGGAGCUGAAGCAGGACAUAUCCAGCUUCCGAUAUGAGGUGCUCGGCAUGCUGAAAGGUGUCAAACCAGGCAUGCAGGCAGUCAAAGGAGGCGCUGGGUCCUCGAGCCUGCCGUUUCCCGAGCAGCCUCGCAGGGGUUCUGCGGCGGCGGUGUCCACCGGGCAGCUGAAGAGCAAACUCAACCUGCUGACCGCCGCCUCCGCACUGCAGCAACAGGGGGGCGCCAGACCGGCUCCGCGGCCGACGGAGACCCUCGGCCGCCUGGCCAACGGCUCCGUCCCCCGCCUGGCGGCUCUUUCCUCCGCGGCCACCGUGGAGGAAGAGGAGGAGGAACCGGAACCGGAACAGCAAUCGCGAGGGAACAGCGCCUCGGACCGCGGUCCGGGCGUGAAUCUGCAGCUGCGCCACCGGAGCACGGGCCAGUCGCGGAUCUACUCCGUGUCCGAGGAGGUGGACGAGAGGCGCGACAGCGGCGCCGAGCCGUCGUCAUCUUUGUCGCCGCCGCCGACGUCAUCGUCGUCGAGGAACAGGGACAGUGACGAAGAUGGGGAUGCGGGCGCCGUGGUGGAGACCGCGCGGCCUUCCAGCAGCGGGAGAAAAAAGGAUGAAAGGAAAGACUCGCAGACGGAGGGAGAGCCGAAGGAGGAUGAAGACGGAGCCAAAUAG